CUGAAUCCGGCGCCGGGAAGAGUGAGAGUGGGGUUUCCGGGUCUUGCGUCUAUAUCCUGCUUUUCUCUACUCUGGUCACCUUUGGGUUAAAUGUCUUCUAUAAAAAGAAGCCCAAAGCAAGAAAUAAUUUCCCAGCUUCACCUUUCAGCUGCAGAAGGAGAUAUUGCCAGGUUAACAGUAAUCCUCAGUCAUUCUCCAUCUCUUCUCAAUGAAACUUCUGAAAAUGGCUGGACUGCUUUAAUGUAUGCUGCAAGGAAUGGGCACCCAGAUGUUGUCCAACUUCUACUUGAGAAAGGGUGUGACAGAUCCAUUGUCAAUAAAUCAAGGCAGACUGCACUGGAUAUUGCUAAAUUUUGGGGUUAUAAGCAUAUAACUAACUUACUAGCUAACGCUAAAGGUGGGAUGAAGCCUUGGUUCCUAACUAAUGAAGUGGAAGAAUGUGAAAAUUAUUUUAGCAGAACACUCUUAGACCGAAAAAGUGAAAAAAGAAGUAAUUCUGACUGGCUACUAGCUAAAGAAAGCCAUCCAGCCACAGUUUAUAUCCUUUUCUCAGAUUUAAAUCCCUUAGUUACUCUAGGUGGCAAUAAAGAAAGUUUCCAACAGCCAGAAGUCAGGCUUUGUCAGCUGAACUACACAGAUAUAAAAAAUUAUUUGGCUCAGCGUGAAAAGAUCACCUUGGUUUUUCUUGGAGUAGAGCUUGAAAUGAAGAAAGAGUCUUUGAAUUAUACUGGAGAAGUCCCAAGAGAAGAAGAAGAUGGGUUGGUUGCCUGGUUUGCUCUAGGUAUAGAUCCUGUUGCUGCCGAAGAAUUUAAGCAAAGACAUGAAAAUUGUUAUUUUCUUCAUCCUCCAAUGCCUGCUCUUCUGCAAUUGAAAGAAAAAGAAGCUGGGGUUGUAGCUCAAGCAAGAUCUGUUCUUGCCUGGCACAGUCGAUAUAAGUUCUGCCCAACCUGUGGAAGUGCGACUAAAAUUGAAGAAGGUGGCUACAAAAGAGUAUGCUUAAAAGAAGACUGUCCUAGCCUCCAUGGUGUUCACAAUACAUCAUAUCCAAGAGUUGAUCCAGUAGUAAUCAUGCAAGUUAUUCAUCCAGAUGGGACCAAAUGUCUUUUAGGCAGGCAGAAAAGAUUUCCCCCAGGCAUGUUUACUUGCCUUGCUGGAUUUAUUGAACCUGGAGAGACAAUAGAAGAUGCUGUUCGGAGAGAAGUAGAAGAGGAAAGUGGAGUCAAAGUUGGCCAUGUUCAGUAUGUCUCUUGUCAGCCAUGGCCAAUGCCCUCCUCCUUAAUGAUUGGUUGCUUAGCUGUGGCAGUGUCUACAGAAAUUAAAGUUGACAAGAAUGAAAUAGAGGAUGCCCGCUGGUUCACUAGAGAACAGGUUGUGGAUGUUCUGACCAAAGGGAAGCAGCAGGCAUUCUUUGUGCCACCAAGCCGAGCUAUUGCCCAUCAGUUAAUCAAACACUGGAUUGGAAUGAACCCCAAUCUCUAAAUCAAAUAACUAGACUUUGAGUAUUAAUUGAAUUCUAAUAACUUAUUCGUCAAGUGAGAUUAGAAAUAUUUAGUGCUCUUUGGAAUGUCACAACACAAAAUAUCAUAUUAGGUUUCAGAAAUAUUUUCAACAUGUACUUUCCAUCUUAACCAUAGAACUUGUGUUUUUAUAAAUUACAAGACUGCCUCAGAUUUUGUUAAAAUCCAAGUCAGCCUCUCCAAAUACUUUUUUGGUUGUGCUCCACAAUUCUAUCUCACAAAACCGUAUUUCCAAUAAGAAAAAUCAUGUUGUAAAGACGUAUAUUCUAAAAAUGUAAACAAACAAAACAAUGUAAACAAACCUAAAUUCCACUGCCUCUUUUAAGCAUUAGACCAAUCACUAAAGUUCUAUUCUUGAGAAACCAGGCAAAAUAAUUUUUAUUAAUUUUAAGCUUCAUUUCCAGUCUUUUCAUUACCAUAAAGGUUCUUU